AUGGAUCUGUUGGUGAAUGAAGCGAUGCUUGAAGACGGUCUGCCUAGGUGCUCGACGCCUACUCGGAGGUCGAUGUACCAACCAAGACCUAACUUUAGCAGCGCUAGUGAUAACGAGGGUUAUUCUAGGUUUCGCUGCAGGUUGGACUUGGGAGGCGUGGCUCCAAGGCUUCGGGGGUCACCAUGCGCAAUUCCAGGGGUGCUCUCUGGACUCAUCAGGAACUAUUUGGCUGAAGGCUGUUCCAUGCAGCAACUGGCCUGGGACUAUUAUGUGGGAAAGUCGACAGUCCACUAUAUCAUUAAGGAUACCUGCAAGGUGAUAUGGACACACUUGCAGCCUAUAGUGCUGCAACAGCCAAACCAGGAGCAAUGGCAAACUAUUGUGGAAGAGUUUACAGCAAAAUGGCAUAUGCCAAAUUGUUUGGGUGCUUUGGACGAUCAGGCAUUUCCACUGUCAAGCCAUAUUAUGCGUCCAGUUGCAGGACAAGCGCUGCCUGAGGCUGAAACCAUUUUCAAUUACCGCUUGAGCAGAGCUAGAAGGGUAAUUGAAAAUGCGUUUGGAAUCCUUGCGCUGCGCUGGAGGAUCUUGAGAAGUACUAUUAUUGCCGACAUCGAUACUUGUGAAGAAAUUGUGAAGGCAACAAUAGUACUCCACAAUUAUUUGCAAGCCAGUGAGGCAGAGAUUCCAGCCAAAGAACGGCGAUACUGCCCCACUGGUUUUGUGGACUACGAGGUGGGGGGACAGGUGCAGGGGGGAGCGUGGCGGCAGGAGUCCGUUGCAAUGUCAUCUGUUGGGCGGCAGGCGCAAAAUAACGCAGCGAGAGCCAGCACUGCAUUGAGAAAGGCACUCAUGCAGUAUCUGGUCUCAGAUGUAGGUGCUGUUCCAUGGCAGUGGGAUAGCAUAAGCCUUGGUGCAGUACCAACGUAA